CAACAUGUUAGUAACUAAAAUACAGCUUUCAUAAAAAUGGCUUAUAAAGUGUGGAGUGAAUUUCAGCGCACAAAAAUCGAUGGUUCAGUUCUCAAAUUCAGUGUCCAGGAUUUAACACCGGAUCGUAUGGAUGAAGUCAUUGAUAUAUAUAGCAAAUAUUUUAUAGAAGACGAGAGUAUUUACAAACUUUCAGGUGCAUCGCAUAAUGAUAAAGCUCGAAAUGAAUGCAUUUGGCUUGUUAAUGGAAUGCUUAAAGAGAAAGGAAUUCAUAUAGUAGUAUGCGUUGAAGAAAGUAAUGAUUUAAAUGGAAAAGUGGUUGCGGUAUCAAGUAUGAAGCUCAAUACAAGCUCCGAAAAUGGUAUUCCAGAUAUAACGUUUGAAACCAAAGAAAUGAAUAAGUUGUGGGAAAUACUGCAAGGUAUGAUGGCAAUGUACAAUGUUGCUACAAGCUACUCUGUGGACCUGUGGUAUGAUGGGCGAGGCGUUAUAGUACAUCCUAGUUAUAGAUGUAUUGGUAUUGCAACCGAGCUUGUUGCGUCAAGACGAAAAAUUUGCAAAGAAAACGGCGUGCCCGUUAGUACAGCAUGGAUGACAUCAAUAGGUACACAAAAGGCAGCUCAGAAGGACCUUUGGGAUACUCCGUUUGAAAUCGACACGAAAGAAUUUUGCAAGAAAUUUGAUGUUACGCCAUACGACGGCAUAGCGCCGACUUUCAAGUUGAUGGCUGUUAAAGUUGAGAUAUAAAUUCUUAAUAAAUGACUGUUACUGUUUCCUUGAAAAAUAACUUUAAAAUUAUAAAAUAUAAUUUCGUACAA